AUGGCUACCGAAUUGGCCGUCCAGAGCGAGCGCGCUUUCCAAAAGCAGCCUCACAUCUUCCAGAACACCAAGAAGACCAGCUCCAAGCAAAAGAGAGUCGGAAAGGGUGGCCGGAGAUGGUACAAGGAUGUCGGUCUGGGCUUCAGGACGCCCAAGACCGCCAUUGAGGGUUCUUACAUCGACAAGAAGUGCCCCUUCACAGGUCUCGUCUCCAUCCGUGGCCGUAUCCUUACCGGCACCGUCAUCUCCACCAAGAUGCACCGUACCUUGGUCAUCCGCCGGGAAUACCUCCACUUCAUCCCCAAAUACUCCCGUUACGAGCGACGACACAAGAACUUGUCCGCCCACGUCAGCCCUGCUUUCCGUGUCGAGGACGGUGACCAGGUCACUGUUGGACAAUGCCGACCUCUCAGCAAGACUGUCCGCUUCAACGUCCUCCGCGUGCUUCCCCGAACUGGCAAGGCUGUCAAGUCCUUCAGCAAGUUCUAG